GUCAGAUGUUACUUUAUUUGAUUGAGGAUUGACGUGUGUGGACUGCAAGAAACUGUCGAUUGUCGAUUCUCAUUCAAGCAGUCAAAAUAAUUAGUUUCUGUUCGCCGGUUGUUACACAAAAUUGUAAUGUAAUUUCAUCCAUAUAGCAAAAUUUGAAAACCUCAAUUGUUCUGAAGGUGCCCAGAUACGAAUCAAUUCUUCACUUCAGUUAUGAUAUUUACUGUUUCUUCGAUACCUGUGUAAAAAGUAUAUUUUCAAAUCAGUGACAGUUUUAGUGGAAGUGUCACAGUGUUCAAGGUUGAAAAGCUGAAAAUUUAUCGCAUAAAAUAGCAACAAUGACUGGAAGGAUGGCAGGACAAACGAUAAAUGAUCGUCUUUUAGCUGCUAAACACAGUAUAGCCGGCCAAGGACUCGCCAAGUCGGUCUGCAAAGCCACCACAGAAGAGAUGAUAGGGCCCAAGAAAAAACAUUUAGAUUAUUUAUUACAUUGUACCAACGAACCGAACAUAUCAGUCCCACAACUAGCCAAUCUACUCAUAGAGAGGUCACAAAAUACUAAUUGGGUGGUGGUUUACAAGGCUCUGGUAACUGUCCAUCACAUGAUGUGUUACGGAAAUGAGAGAUUCACACAAUACCUGGCAUCCAGCAAUAGCACCUUCCAGCUCAGCAAUUUUUUAGAUAAGAGUGGAGUUCAAGGAAACCAAGGACAUAAAAAUGGAUAUGACAUGUCCCCUUUCAUCCGACGAUACGCGAAGUAUCUCAACGAGAAGGCCAUUUCGUACAGGACGGUGGCGUUCGAUUUCUGCAAGAUCAAGAGGGGAAAAGAGGAUGGGAUGCUCAGGACGAUGAACACCGACAAGCUGUUGAAGACUUUACCGGUACUCCAGAAUCAACUGGACGUACUCCUGGAGUUCGAAUGUUCCUCAAACGAUCUAACGAACGGCAUCAUCAACAUGUGCUUCAUGCUGCUCUUCAAGGAUCUAAUCCGACUUUUCGCCGGUUAUAACGAUGGAAUCAUAAAUUUAUUAGAGAAAUUCUUCGACAUGAAUAAGAAGCAGUGCAAGGAGGCGUUAGACAUAUACAAGAAGUUCCUGGUCAGGAUGGACAGAGUUUCGGAAUUUCUCAAAGUUGCAGAGAAUGUCGGAAUAGAUAAGGGGAAUAUCCCGGAUCUCACGAAGGCGCCAAGCAGCCUGCUCGAGGCUCUGGAGCAACACCUGUCGCAGAUGGAAGGAAAGAAGAGUUCGUCUUCGGCCGCUUCCUCUCAAUCGUCCAGUAACCAGAAAAACGUCAAGUCCGGCGUCACCGCCCUCACGUCUACCAGUAGCGCCUUCGGAACUAUCGCCAACAGCAAGUUCGACAAUCUCUCGAAUGGCAUAGACGAGAACUUGAAACUGCAGGCGUUGCUCGAAGAAGAAGCCGCGAUGAAUCAGUUUAAGUCGAAGGUCUCUCCCACAUCGGGUGGCAACCCCUUCAUGAGCAAUUCUUCGUCUUCGGUCAGUACCCCGAGCGCCGCCGCCUUGGAUCUAUUUUCCGCCGAGCCGAACGUCUUGCAACAGCACAACGUGUCGCAUAUGCAGUCCAAGCCUUCGGACGAUCUCUUGCAACUCUCCAAUCCUUUCAUGGACGCUUUUUCCAACGCGCAACAGCAACAACAGCAGCCUAUCAUGGGCACUGCCAAUUUCGCCGCUGGGAAUAACAAUGCAUGGGCGCCAAACGGUCAAAGUAUGGUGUCCAACAGCUCGUUUGUGUCAGAUACCAACUUCGCCUCGGUGUUCGGCAGUUCCGAACCUAAAAAUAAUUUCGAUGGAUUAGGCGGCGUACUCCAACCCAUGUCCGCUGGCAACGGAAUGAACUUGUUCAACAACAACACGAACAACCCCUCGCCGACAAACACGAACGCCAAAAACCAGUUCAACACUAACGGCAACAACAAUCCCGACAGCGGAAAGUUGGUUUCUGGAGAUCUAGAAUCCAGCCUCGCCUCCCUGGCGGAAAAUCUUACCAUAAACCCCAGGGUGCAACCAGUGAAGGGCGUUCAGUGGAAUUCCCCGAAGGGCGGUUCGAAGACCGGCAACAGUUGGACGCCACAGCCCAUGUCCGCGACGACUGGCGCCGGGUAUAAACCGAUGAAUCAGUCCAUGACCAGUCCCACCUUCAACGCAUCAACUUUACAACCGCCUGCGUUUCCUUCAAUACCAACAGUUCAGCCAGUGAUGGUGAUGCGCCCCAUGGUGGGCAACGCGGUGAUGAUGCCCCAGAUGCCGCAGAUGGGCGCCAUGUCGCCGAACGCCAACCAGAUGGCGCAACAGCAGUCCUUGUUGUUUCACUGAAUCCCCAAACACGAAAGUAUUUUAUGCCAUAAUAUAUCGAAACUAUUGUAUUUUGUAUAUAGAUAUUUCGGAAUUUAAAAAUAUUGAAACAAUCAUGGGUACAAUAAUGUAUGUAGUUUAGGUUGUAUCGUAUAUUGAUUUCGGAAAAUGCUUGGAAAAGCCGGGAUGUUGUUUAUCUCUCUUUUGGGUUCGGAUGGAGUCCAUUGUUUAAGGGUGAGAAAAUUAUCCGGUCUAAUGACUGACAAUAAAAUUGUGAUAAAAGUUGAUCGGCACGUUAUUUGAUUUUUUGUCGAAAUUUCAGUGGAUUAUUGAAGUUGAUCAAGGGAAUUUAGAAAAAUGAAUGAAAUAUAUUUAUUAUCAUCCAUUUUUUCAUAAAUUUAAGUUUGUUAUAUGGAAUUCAGACCUAUAUGGGGGUUUUAUUUGUUACAUUAAGAAAUAUCAUGGAAAAGUUGAAAAUAAAGAGUUGUGCAAAUCAACGAAUUCAUGAGGCUCUAAAAAGGUUUGUUUAUUCAGAUGUUUAUUGUUGAAUUGGAUCUUCAAUUUGAACCCGAACAUUCCUAGACAGUUUUAACGUAGGUUCUCAGGUUGCCAAGUGCUGUUUUCAAGCAUUUAUCCCCUAUUAGAACAUAUAUUUUGUACAUAUCUGUUGAAAAUCGAUUGUGAUUUUUGUCAUAUCCAAUAUUUUUAUAAGAAUUCAAGUGAUUCAGGUGAAUCUUUUUUUGCUAUAAUCUUCUUCAUUUUAUUCGUGGAAAAAGCCAAAAAAAUUUUGAGAUUAUUGUUCAUGUGGAUGAAGAAGGAACAUUUGGUGUUGUUCGUUCAACUCGCAGCACAGCCAUUUUUGGAUAAAAAAGUGUUUGUCCACGUAACAAGAGAAACAAACUACUCGCAGAGUGCAAUAUCAACAUGUAUACGUCUAUCUACAGAAUAUACAAGUAUUUAGCAACAUAUUUUUAUAUUGAUUUUUAACGAUUCAUGCUCAGUUCCAUUUUUCCUUUAUUCAGUACAGAAAUUGAUUUUGAUGAGAUUACGGUGAUUUCACCAAGGCCUGGGCUGUUGACUAGACGGCCAUUCUAGAAAUAUUCGUAGAUGAUAUACUCUUUACACUGAAAAUUGAGUAAGUGGUGAAACUUGCCCCACCCUUUUCAUGUACCAAGACAAUAAUUGUGGUCCACUCGAAACUAACCAACCUCAAGUAUUCAAACAUACCUAUUCACUGUUUUUACGAAACGCUCAUCAAAAAUUUUCGGGCUUGGACGGUGAGUAAAACGUUAUUUGGCUGUGUACUCUAACUUAAUUUCGUACUAUUUUUUCUUUUUUGGAUUGGAAAAUUGUUAUAGUUGCAAUUAAUGCCUCCGUUUUUGGUGAGCAGUUUCAACUUGGUGGUUUUUGGAUGUCUUUGUUGCACAAUUUCUUUUUAUGCACAAGUGUUCCAACAUUUCUGUCAGUGUGAGUUUACAUUAAGAGAUGUAUUGACUAGCUACUGUUUAUGAAUUAUUUUAUACGUCUAUUUACCUAUUCAUUUUUGCUUCUUUUGGAGACAAGUCUGUUAGUAAAUGUAAUAAUAAAUGAAUUAUGUGAA